UAAUAGUCUUAAAAAGUCAAAUAAAUUUUAUUGUUAUAGCUGUUAUUCUCUCUUUCUUUCUCUCUCUUUUAAAGAAUAUAUUUUUAUGACCUGAAGUGACCUUUCUAAAAAUGCAUAAUAAAUGGUGCUCCUGUCUUAAUGAAUUAUUAGAGGAAGAUUACCAAUAGCAGCAUACCACUUUAUUCGUGAAAAGAUAUAAUGUCGGAUAAGUUAUCUUUUUUUAAUACAUAAUGUAUUGUGUAAAAAUUGAUUUUCAUCAAGAUUUUACUCUUUUAAUUAUCUUAGCAGAUUAUGUUUCUACAAGUGUUUAAUAAAGUCGAGUUUUAUUUUCGAGAAAUAAAGAAGAAAUAAGAUCCGCAUUAGAAAACUUAUGUCGUCAUUGGCGAUUUUCCUCUACCGUACGUGACAAUAGAUUAAACUUCUUUAUUUUCUAGGCGAUUCCGUUGUGCGUCUAUUUCACCGAAAUUUAUCUACACUGUAAUGGCGCGAAGAAAUCUUUUGACUGGGUGACACCGGGUGCCGCCGCCGCGUUAGCCCUUACAAGGUUGAUCAUACCUCGUAUGCAUCGAGAAGAAUUACUCGAAAUAAUCACUUCCAUGAUGGACGAUAGGACAAUGCCGAAGGAUAAAAAAGUUCGUUGGGUCAUAAAGAAAUACGCGACUAUGUCGACGCGCGUGACAGUGCUUACUUUCAUUUUGGUGGGUAUCAUAAUGGGUGUUUAUAUCGCUAUGGCGAUAUCAGCAAUCACCGCGAAACACCCUGAUGAUGACGAGAUCAGCGGUGUGAACGUGAGCCAUCAAGAAGGAAGUCAGUCCUGUGUUUUUCGGAGCGCAUCAUCGCAUCAGGCGUUUAUGAUCGUUCAAGCGAUGCAAAUGUUUACCACUUGUGUAGUAACCUUCGGUACCACUAGUUUCUUCUUCGGACUAGCCAUGCAUCUCUGUGCUCAAUUUGAUGCCUUAGGUAUCGAAUUGUCCGAAUUCCAAGUUAGUAACGCACGUCGCAUGAUAACCGCGGCGGUCCAAAGGCAUUGUCAGCUUAUCCGGCUGGCCGAGUGCAUGGAAGAGUCAUUUAAUGCGAGCAUUUUGGUGUAUCUGUUCGUUACCAGUACUCUCAUGUGUAUAGAUGGUUACAUGUUAAUCGCAUCGUUACCUCUUGGCGAUCUACCUAUGAUUAUACACAGCGUUUGUGUUUUACUUCUUAUGCUGAUCCAAUUAUCGUUCUACACGUUCGCCGGUGAUUAUUUGGAGAUGAAAAGUGCCGCUUUGUCCCACGCUACUUACGAUUGCGACUGGUACGAGCUGCCGGCUAGUAUAGCCAAGAAUUUUCACAUUAUUAUAAUGCGAGCUAGUAUCCCUCAUCAAUUGACCGCUGGAAAAUUUAUCGUCAUGAACAUGAUCACAUUUAAAGAUAUUUUAAAAUCCACAGCGUCGUAUCUUUCGGUCCUGCGUGUUAUGUUAGAUGGAUAAAUGAUAUAUAUUUAUUUAGUUGUUGAAAUUGCGCGAUACUCUCGCUUCCUCUCGCGCCAAUUAAGCUUUCAUGAAGAUUAUAAUUCAGUUUGAGAUGUAGAAUGAAAUUUUUAAUUGUAUUUAAAUUUUAGAGAUAUCUAUGGAACUGUUUUGUAGAGAUAUCAUGGAAGAUAACGUUUUGAUAAAAAUGUCUAGUUCCUCUUCAGCAAUACAUGAUAUUUUAUAUCCCUUGUCUUUUCCAUUUCCCCUUUCAGUAGCUUUAAUGACACAAAAAGAUAGACUAACGUUUUAUGGUAAACGAAAUCGUACACUGUAGAUACAUACAUAUAUGUUUCGAUUUCAGUCGCGGGACUGCAACAUAAGAAUUGACUAUUAAUUUUCAUAUUUUCUUUUAUGUUUCUUACCACGAUGAAAGAGACGCGUGAUUGUACUGUGUUGCAUAUUCGCGCAAAGACAUUUUCAAGGGGCUGUAAUCAGUAAAAAUUCAAAAGCUCGCAAAACAGUUCUCGACAACAAAGCGACGCAUCGUAUAGAAACAUGUGAUUUCGUUGUGCCGUUUCUGUUUCCGCGCGGCGCAAAGCCGUUUCUCGCGUGAAUAAAAGAUCAAAGGAGAACGCUUCGCCCUCGAUGGCAUGGGUAGUGAGAUGGCUCUACUCACCGCGCGCCUUCAUAGUAAGUUUGGAGCUUGGUAAACGCACAGUAAAAAAAAUCGAAUCGUUAGGAAGAAAAACGGAUGUCAAUGAUUUCGUUCGACUUGUGCGUGAUAAUUGGGUGCAACUGAAGUCAA